GUGUUUUAAUAUUACGAUAUCAUAUUACGAUUAUAAUUUAUAAUAAUACGUUUGAUUAUACCAAAAGUUAAUGUGGACCGAUAUUAUCAAAUUACUGAAACUCUUGAGUAAAACUUGUAGUAACACCUCAAAGAAUAAAAACUUGUAUAAAAGCAUCUAAAAUUAUCCCACCAAAGUAAUAAAAACAUCCAAAAAAACAAAGCUUGUAUCAAACCUCUAAAAUUAUCCCACCAAAUUAUACAAACAUAAAAAAAAAAAGACUAUUAAAAAAACAAGAGUUUAAUAAGUUUCUACGGUUAUUAAAAAUUAAAACAAACUUAAAAAGAAAAGAGUAAAUUUCUUUAAAAUCGGAUAAAAUUAAAAUAAACUAACUCAAUUUUAUCUCGAUUUUACCGAUUCCACCACGAGUUAACUUAUUCAAAAUUGAUGUUUUCACGAGUUUAUAAAAAAACGGGUUGUUUACUUACCAUUGAUUUAACUCAAUUUUCAUACCUAAACACAAUGCGUGUUUGUGACAACAUUGCUUACAACUCAUAAUUGGCCAAUGGGUGUACGAAUUUGAUCAUUCGAAUCCACAAUCAACCAAUCGCCAAACUUGAAAGGUCUACGCAUUUGUCAUCAUGAUUCGCGAUCAUCCUAGGCCACAGACCACCAAGCAUCAAACCUAAAAGGUGUACACAAUUGCUUUCCUGAUUCGGCAGUUGUCCUAGUCCCCACCAGUCCAUCAAAUUUGAAAGACGUAGAUCUUACUACUGAGCUUACACUUCUUGGACGUGUACAAAAGAAUUACAGGAGUUAUGGCUGGAGCACUCUUAUUCAUAAAAGAAGAACUCAUGAUCAGUGACAUGCAAGUUCAACUUCUAGCAGGAAUCUUAAAUGUUUGUGCAUUACCAGCAUGCAUGAUUGCCGGAAGAUUAUCCGAUUACAUUGGUCGACGCUACACAAUCAUGUUAUCUUCGAUAUUCUUCUUCUUAGGCUCAACAUUAAUGGGAUAUGGUUCAUCUUUUCCAAUCUUAAUUACCGGAAGAAGCAUUGCCGGAUUCGGUGUUGGUUUUGCACUUAUAAUAGCACCUGUUUAUAGUGCAGAAAUUUCAUCACCUUCUUAUAGAGGUUUUCUAACUUCUCUACCUGAUCUUUCCAUUAACAUAGGUUUCUUACUUGGUUAUGUCUCAAAUUUUUUCCUUGGAAAGUUAUCUUUAAGACUUGGAUGGAGAAUAAUGUUAGCUAUUCCUUCAAUUCCUUCAAUUGGGUUAGUAAUUCUAAUGCUAAAAUUAGUAGAAUCACCAAGAUGGUUAGUAAUGCAAGGAAGGUUAGGUGAUUCUAGAAAAGUGCUUUUAUUAAUCUCUAGUUCAAAAGAAGAAGCUGAAAAAAGAUUGAAAGAAAUAAAAAUCGCCGUUGGAAUCGACGAAAAUUGCAUCCAAAACAUUGUUCAUGUGCCACAUAAAACUAAAAGUGGUGGGGGUGCAUUAAAAGAAAUGUUCUAUAAACCCCCACCACAUGUUAGUAGGAUAUUAUUUGCAGCUAUUGGUGUUCAUAUUUUUCAACAAAUUUGUGGAGUUGAAGGUAUUGCAGUUUAUAGUCCAAGAGUGUUUGAAAGAACAGGAAUCACUGAAAAAAGUACAUUACUUUUAGCCACGGUUGGUAUUGGAAUAAGUCAAACAUUAUUUACAUUGUUAUCAAGUUUUUUGUUAGAUAAAAUUGGGAGAAGGACUUUAUUGUUGGUAAGUUCAGGAGGUGUAGUUGUGUCAAUGUUAGGAUUAAGUAUUUUUUCAGCUAUAGUUGAAAAUUCUAAGUUAGGUGAAGAACCAUUAUGGGCUAUAAUUUUUAUAGUUGUAGUUGUGUAUAUUUUGAUGGCUUUUAAUGCUAUUGGAAUUGGGCCAGUGACAUGGGUUUAUAGUUCUGAGAUUUUUCCACUUAGGUUAAGAGCACAAGGUCUUGGUGUUUGUGUGGUUGUGAAUAGAAUUACUAAUGUGGCUGUGGUUACUAGUUUUAUUUCAAUUUUUAAGACUAUAACAUUGGGUGGAACUUUCUUUAUGCUUGUGGGUAUUAAUGCUUUGGGAUGGUGGUUUUAUUAUUCUUUCUUGCCUGAAACUAAAGGAAGAUCAUUAGAAGAUAUGGAGACUAUCUUUGGGAAAGAUUCUAAGGUUGAGGUACAAAUGAAGUCCGGGAGCAAUAAUGCUUAGUUUGAGAUAUAAGGAUUAAAGAUUUAAGCAGGAAAAGAUGACUCUGAACUUAGUGAGUUUGUAAUACAUUUGCUUCACAUUAAAAUGACUAAUAGGAAGUUGAUCAUGCAACAUGUUGUAUGUAAAUCAAAUCAUACUCUACUAGGCUAACUCAGAGUUGUUGACACAAUUAAGGACUCUUUGUAUAUAGCUUAUUUGGUACAAAAUAAAUGGAGGUGGUGUAACAGUUCAUUUUUAAAAAAUAAAAGUGUAAGAGUUGGUUUAAUUUAAAGUAUUUAAAUCGGGUUUUUUUUCUUUA